AUGAAUGACUAUUUUUUGGCUACUUUCAAGAAAGAAUUACAAGCUGAAAUCCAAAUACAGUCCUUGAUAAGCCAAAUAUUUCAAAUACCAGCUGAUUCUAUCAUCAACUCAUUUAUAAAUCAAGGAUUAUUGGAUUCUAAUUUUCUUCCAACGAUAAUUAAGAAUUUAGUUUUAAACUAUCUAUUAAAUCCACAUAGAAUAACUAAAUAUACUGAUUUAAUCAUUGGAAUCCAUCAAUUAAUUCCGGAAUUAGAUGAUGUUCUUCGCCAUUCAUUAAUGGAAGAGCUGACUUCAAAAGCAAAAAGAUACCAAUAUGAGAUUUCUUACUUAAUACGGAUACUUUUCCAACAACAGAUUUUAAAUAGUUCAUCAAUUUCAUAUAUAUGCCAAGUAAUUCAAGAUCCAUGUGAAUUUUUCAAUAUAUUAAGUGUGAUGCUACAAGAUUUAUUAUCAGAAUCAGAUAAUUCAAUUUUACAACCUCAUUUAUUUGGAAAACUUCCAUUUAACAACGAUCUAAUAUCAGCAAUCGAUUAUUGCAAGUAUGGAGGUACAAAUAAAACCAUUAUAAAGAAUAUUAUCGAUGAUGAUUUAGAUUCAUUCAUAAAAAUUUUAACAUUGGAAAAUAUCUGGCUACUUGAAACAAUUACUGUCAAAGAUAUCUUUUGGGACAGGAAUUUCUUUUCUUAUGAUGUUAAUCUAUCAGAUAUUGCUGCUAAUUUUGGAAGUAUUAAGAUAUUUAAGUAUUUAAUGAUCAAAAAUUCUGCAAACAGAGGAGAUAACUCAGCUGAAUAUGCAAUUAUCGGUCAAUCUCUUGAAAUUUUCAAAUAUUUCAGUUCAUCAUUUGAAGAUUCAUGUAUAUUAAUCGCAGCUAAAUAUAGAAACACAACUAUUCUCAAUUGGAUUCUCGAGAACCAAGAAAUUAAUAAUCCAAAGAUAAAUUCUGAUUUACUUGAUUUGGCUUGUAAAUUUAAUUUAGUUGAAUUAUGCAGUCAUUUGAAGCUGAGUUCACAUAAUUUCUAUGAUAAUUCAUUGAUUUUGCAUAAAAUAUGCAAAUAUGGUAAUUAUGCUAUAUUAUCUUUCUUCACGGAAUUUGAUAAUCUUUUAUUUAAUAAGCCUGAUUAUCCAGAUAGAAAUACUCCUCUUCAUUAUGCAGUAAUCUCUGGUUCUAUUAAAUGUGUUCAAUUUCUUUUGAGUUUUCCUUUAGUUGAAAUCAACGCUGUUAAUGCUGAUAAUCUAACACCGUAUGAAAUAGCUUUGAAAACUGGUCAAAUAGAUAUUGUUUAUUUGAUUUCUCAACUUCCAGAAUUAGAUCGCGUCCACAAAAGCAAAGAAAUGUCACAUUUGGCAUUAGCAAUGCAAGGUGGUAAUUACGAAUGCAUAAAAUAUGUCUGGGAAAUGGGAUUAUAUUCUAAAGAUGAUUAUUAUUCAACAGUAUAUACAAUUGAAGCAUUUGCAUGCGCACUUGGCAAUUUAGACAUUGUUAAAUUGUUUUAUCAAGAAGAAAAUGACUUCAAGAGAAUAUUAUCUAAUAAUAUGACUGCCAUUCAUAUUGCUGCAGCAAAUGGAAAACCUAAUUUAGUUAAAUGGAUGAUUGAAGAAAUGAAAGUUAAUCCGAAUAUUGUUGACUCUAAAAAAAGAACUGCUCUUCAUGUUGCCAUUGAAAAUCAACAGUAUCAAGUUGCUGAAUACUUAGCUCUUGAAUCAGGAAUGGAUAUAAACUCAAGAGAUAGACUUGGAAAGACUCCAUUAUUAACCGCAGUUUGGAUUAAUGAUCCUAAAUCGGUUGAAAUUGUUCUUAUGAAUAUCAAUGCAGAUCCAACAAUCCCAGAUUUCUAUGAUUCAACACCAUUGAGCAAAGCACAAUCUCAGACAAUUACGAAUCUCAUUCAGAACGCAAUAAAUGAUUUUAAGAAAUAA